AUGAGCAAUCUGACUUCCUUGUCAACAUUUCUGCUGCUGGGAUUCCCAGAGUCCCGAGAAUCACAGCUCCUACAUUUCUCUUUGUUCCUAGCAAUAUACUUGAUGGCAAUGACAGGCAAUCUUCUCAUAGUGAUUGCGAUUGUCUUUGAUCAGAAACUGCACACCCCCAUGUACUUCUUCCUAAUUAAUUUGGCCGUGCUGGAUGUUGGCAUAGUUUCAGUCAUGGUACCCAAAUCUAUGGCCCUUUCACUCAUGAAUAACAGAUCUAUUUCUUAUUUUGGAUGUGUCGCUCAAGUUUUCUUUUAUCUCUUCUUUGCACCAUCAGAUUUUGUCCUCCUAACUAUAAUGGCACAUGAUCGCUAUGUUGCUAUUUGCAACCCACUCCAAUAUGAGAGAAUUAUGCACAAAGAAGCCUGCCUUCAGUUGGUAGUCAUUGUGUGGAUUACUGGCCUUCUGUAUGCGAUAAUACAUACUGGUGGCACCUUUGCAAACACCUUCUGUUCUAAUGUUGUCAAUCAGUUCUUCUGUGAAGUCCCACAAUUAUUAAAGCUCUCCUGUUCUGACUUUUAUUUAGUUGAAGUUGGGCUUAUUGUGAUAGGGUGCGCUUUAGGAUUCGGAUGCUUCAUUUUCAUCAUCAUAACAUACAUACGGAUUUUUGCUAUAGUUGUCAGAAUCCCCUCUGUUCAUGGUAAGAAAAAAGCUCUCUCCACUUGUCUUCCCCACCUCACGGUUGUCUCUCUGCUUAUGUUCAGUGGAUUAUUUGCCUAUUUAAGGCCUCCCUCUGAUACUUCUUCUGAUUUGGAUAUCGCUUUUUCUGUUAUAUAUACCAUCAUUCCCCCCACGUUGAAUCCAUUCAUCUAUAGCAUGAGAAACCAAGAUAUCAAGACUGCUUUGUGGAAGCUCUUAGAUGUUGGGCCUUCCUCUAAAACUAUAUUCAGAUUGCUGUAA